CUUUCCAGUCUCAGCAUUUAUAUAACGACCCCCAUUUACACUUCAAAUUUUCUCUCCAGUUGCGUCCCUGCAGUCCCGUACAAUGGAAAUGGAGGUCAUGUUCCCCUCCCCCGCCGUCGACUUCAACUUCGACAGUAGUAACUGCACGUCACCGUACCUAACCGCACCGUCGAGCCCGCAACGCCUUGCCGGCUUCUUCUACAGCGCUCCCACCAGCCCCGGCCGCGGCGGCGCCGCCGGCGUUCCCUUCACCUGGGAAGAAAAACCGGGAACCCCCAAAUCCGCCGCCGCCGCCGCCGCCGCCGACGAUGCCGACGAAUUUCAAGAUUCCGAUGACUUCGCCUUCGAUUUCAGCGGCCAGCUGGAGACCCAUUCCCUGCCGGCCGACCAGCUCUUCUCCGGCGGUAAAAUCCGGCCACUGAAACCCCCGCCAAAAUUCCAGUACGAACAAAACAGGGCCCUGGAUUCCCCCAAAUCGCCGAGAUCACCCACCAGGCUCUUCCGGGAAGCAUUCUCCCCUCGCCGGAAAAAAUCCCCCGACAAUUUCGACCCUUUCGCCGCCGCCCUGGAAAAAUCUCGGCAAGCAAAUUCCAUCCGCGGCCGAGACAGGACCACCCGACCGGCGCCGCCGCCGUCGUCGUCAAAAACUCCCCCGGCCGCCGGCCGGAGCAAACCCUCGAGAUCCUUGUCUCCUUACAGGGUUUCCGAUCUGUUAUUCGACAAUCAUCAUCAUCCUCCUCCUCCAUCGAAUUCAAUAUUUUCUUCCUCAUUCUGGUACAAGAAAUGGAAAAUCAAAGACCUGUUACUAUUCCGGAGCGCUUCCGAAAGCCGGGCGACGGAGAAGCAGCAGCUCCUGUCGAAAAAGCGCCGGCAGGAUGACGUCAGGAACUCGAGUUUCCGGUCGACGGACAGCGCCGGUUCGGUGUCGAGCCGGCGCGGGCCGCCGAUUUCGGCCCACGAAUUGCACUACACCGUGAACCGGGCGGUUUCCGAAGAGAUGAAGAAGAGGACUUCGUUGCCGUACAAGCAGGGUUUGUUGGGGUGUCUCGGAUUUCAUCCGACGGGCCCGGAAAUUUCCAGGGGGCCCGGCCCGACAGGUUCGAUGUCUCGAGGAUGAUGAUGAUGGUAAUUAAUUCAUUAACACAAUAUCAUUACAUGGAUUUUGGUUAAUCAAUCCUGUUUAAUUUCGUCUUUUUCCACUUUCGAUUACAUUUUUAUUAUUUGGCAGUGGCAGAAAUGUCCAAGCACAGUGUAUUUUAAUAAGUGAAGAGUUCAAUUUGUUAACGUAAUACUA